GGGCGUGUGGAGCCCUGAGUUUUGUGGAACUCUUGAGGAGUACGCGCCGGCGGAGUCGCGGUGAGCGCUGCUCGGGCACGACUCUGGCUUGGCUUUCUGCUCGAGCGUGGUGGGGCGGCGCUCUCGCUCGCCCGUCUGCGGUUCGGGGCGGCUGGCGCCCCGGAGAGCCGCCGGGUCGCUCGCUGGAGCCGUCUGCGUCUCCGGAGACAAUGGACUGGGACUGGAGCACGGAUUGAGGGCGCCGGCGGGGAAGCGAGCCGCGCUUGGAAUUAUGACUUCUGCCGCCGAGCCAAAGGAGCCAAACAGCUGUGUAAAUAAAAGAUUUGCUGCGUUGCUCUAAACAGGCUUUGGGCCUGACUGUUGAUGUUGUAGUAAGAUCCAAAGGUGCUGGCUUCAUUUCCAAAUGCUGCAUUUCUUUCAAGAGUUUGACAUUGGAGCACACCAUAAUAGACAAAGAAGCCACCAGUGGCCCCCAAGCCAAAGUUUGUGGUGGCAAAUAAUAAGCCAGCUCCCCCUCCUAUUGCACCGAAACCUGACAGUGUGGUUGUCAGCAUUCCACAGUCAACAAAGAAAACUAAACCAGCAAUUGCACCCAAACCGAAAGUUCCAAAGAGCUCACCUGUGGAAGAGCCCACGCCGUCACCGCCGAGGAAGAGCACCAAGAAUGUGGAAGAGCGUAAACCAGAAUUGCCCCAAAGAGCUGACAGCUUUAAUUGCAAAAAUGUAGGAGAUCAGAGCAUUGAUUAUAUUUCACCCGAGCGUCCCUUCGGUUCUGAAUGCACCCAUAAGGUUACGAAUAAAAAGAGUACGUGUGUAAAGCAGCUCGUUUUAGAGCCCUUGGAAAUGAAAGAAAGUUUAGAAAACAGUAAAAGGGAUGAGUCCUCUUUGAUCAAAAAAACUCCGAUGAAAUGGAAUUCUGGUGAGAAUUUUAGGCUGCAAAGUGGAGUGGUUUUAAAGGCAAGUAUCCUAGAAGUGAAGCUCAAAGAUGCUUUGAAACAGCAAAUGUCAGCUUUUAGUUCCCCACAGAAGCAGUCGUCUGCAGACAACCCAGAAAUGAAUGGUGGCUGCAGUGCUGACACGAGGUUCAGAACUGAUCUUCCAGACUCGUCACCUUCCCCGUCCAGCUUUGAAAAGGCGCCUGUUGCUCACCGCUGCCACUUGCAGCUUCCUAGGGGUGAAUUUCAAAAUCUUGAAACUGACGAAGAGGGAAGCGAAAAAAGCCAUAGCUCCUUUCAUCCAUCCGAACCAGAAGCUCUGGGAAACGGUAAAAAGAAUACCUUUGCAUCUUCAGAUGAAGUUAGUAAGAACACAAAAGUCAGAGAUCGUAGCCCCUUAGAAACUGACUCAGUACCACGUACCCCCACAUUUCCUACUCCGAAGCCCAGAAAGACACGUCUGUUACGCCAAAAACAUGUAGAUACUCCUAGUGGAGGUGCCGAGGAACUGGAGGGUUCAAAUAAUAGCUCUUCUUGUCUUGGUGAAGAUAGUUUGAAAAACAGUGAAGUCGCUGUUCUUCAGGAGAAUGUUUUGUGUCACCGGGAUUCAGUGGACAAAGUGAAGCCGGGAAAUAAAAGUGAACUGAAUAGCAGCUUCAACAGGGACAGGCAAGACUCAUGUCACGAGACAGCUUCCCUUGAGAACACAGCACCUUCUUUAGAUGCAGACUCUAAUUUGAGUUCUGACAGCAGGGCAGAUGUAGAUGGUCCUGGUACAUCAUUUGGUGCGGACCAAGGGACUCAUUUUGUGAGAUCCAAUGCCCUGUCUUGGAGUCUGCCUAAGCAGCUCAAAUUAACUGGCAGCAAACAUCUGCCAGCUGGGAACCUGGGAGUGUCUGCCCCCCUGGAGCAAAAGGACUGUAUAAUGAAAGAGGAAAAUUCCUCAAGAAUUGUCCCUAAGAAACCUCAAAGGCAUAGCUUGCUUGCUUCAGGAGUGCUCAAAAAGGCUGCUUCUGUGGAGUUGGUGGAGAAAAGUUCUUUUCCCUCAGUUGAAGUAAAAAGCUCAGGGAAGGUUCUAGAAAGAAAUCACCUGCAGCGCUGGUGCGCCCCGGACCAUGCUAGGUCAUCUUCCUUCGAUGUGCCUAAACAGACUUCAGAAAAGCCGGUGUGGAAAUUGCCUCAUCCGAUUUUACCCUUUUUAGGGAACUCCGAAUCUUUGAAGUCUGUUACUGUGCCUUCCAGUAGUGAGCCUUCUUCCGCUGCCCUAACCAAGCCGAGGGCAAAGUCGUUAUCCUCCGCGGAUCUGGACAGGUGCACCAAGCCCUGCAAACACUCUCCCAAGAAAAAUUCUCUGAGACAGUUGCUCAACAGGAAGCUGUCCAUGUAUUUCGUAAAGGGAGACUUUCAGAAAUUUUGGUUCAGGAGUGGCCAGCUCGGAGACACGAGCAGAGCUUACCUGGCGGGCGGGGAGCGGAGAGGGCUUGGAAGUGACUGGUGUGGCCUGAUGGCGGCCGACCUGGAGAGGAGAGGCAGACCCAGCAAGGCGAAUUCUGUCGACCACUACAGCCCGGACUCUCAGAAGAGGAAGAAGAAGCCUUGGGGCCGGGCUAGUGCAGCCGAUGGCCCGAGAGCCGAGUCUCUGGACGAGCAGAUGCUCUCCACAGAGCCCUCCCGUGAGCAGCCUGGCCAGUCUGUGACAAGUGUCUGGGCGCCGGAGUACGAAAAUGUGCGCCACUACGAGGAGAUCCCGGAAUAUGAGAACCUGCCCUUUGUCGAGGCUGCGAGGAAAGCGCUCGAGUUGGAAGGGCGGAAUUCCAGCAGCGCGGAGGAUGCCGACGCCAGUGUGUACGAGGUCCAAGAGGCGUACGAGGCGUACGAAGCUGCCGUUGACCGGCUGCACCCUCGCCCCGGACAUUCGCGUUCCAGCAGCCCCGGACCAGCCCAGGAGGGACACAGGGAUCCUGGCCUCAGCCUUGGCGACCCGCCCUCUGAUGAGGACGAGGUCAUCAACAGCUCCGACGAGGAAGAUGGCAGCUCUGAGUCGAGUAAAGGGGAGCCAGAGCCGCUGGAGGAGAAGCAGGAUGAAGGCUCUGGGAUGAAAAGUAAAGUUCGACACAUCGCGGAGGAGAUCACGAGCUCCGAGAAAGUGUUUGUGGAUGUGUUAAAACUGUUGCAUAUUGACUUCCGCGAUGCCGUGGCCCAUGCUUCCAGGCAGCUGGGGAAGCCCGUGAUCGAAGAGCGGAUCCUGAAUCAGAUCUUGUACUACCUGCCUCAGCUCUAUGAGCUCAACCGAGAUCUCCUGAGCGAGCUGGAGGAGAGAAUGUCGAACUGGACCGAGCAACUGAGGAUUGCUGAUAUCUUUGUCAAGAAGGGCCCGUACCUGAAAAUGUACUCCACGUACAUCAGAGAAUUUGAUAAGAACAUAGCCCUGCUGGACGAACAGUGCAGGAGGAACUCGGGCUUUGCUGCUGUGGUCAGAGAGUUCGAGAUGAGCCCUCGCUGCGCCAGCCUGGCCGUCAAGCACUACCUGCUCAAGCCGGUGCAGAGGAUCCCGCAGUACCAGCUGCUGCUGACAGGUUACUUGAAGAAUCUCCUGGAAGACUCUGCAGAAUACAGAGACACUCAAGAUGCCCUCGCCGUGGUUAUAGAGGUGGCCAACCACGCCAACGACAGCAUGAAGCAAGGCGACAACUUCCAGAAGCUCAUGCGGAUCCAGUGCAGCCUCAGCGGGCACCAGGAGAUCCUGCAGCCCGGACGGGUUUUCCUCAAGGAGGGGGUCCUGAGGAAGCUGUCCCGGAAGGUCAUGCAGCCGCGCAUGUUUUUCCUGUUUAACGACGUCCUGCUGUACACCACGCCGCUGCAGUCUGGGAUGUAUAAGCUGAACAACAUGCUUUCCCUGGCUGGGAUGAAGGUCCGGAAACCCUGCCAGGAGGCCUAUCAGAAUGAAUUAAAGAUCGAGAGUGUGGAGCGCUCCUUCAUCCUCUCAGCCAGCUCUGCCAGCGAAAGGGACGAGUGGCUGGCGGCCAUCUCCGGGGCCAUAGACGAGCACACCAAGAAAAGAAUCACCUUCUGUCCUGGUAGGAGUCUUGAGGAGGCCAACGCAGAGAGGCAGGAGGAAGUGACUCCGCUGGGCUCCAAGGCACCCAUCUGGGUCCCUGACACCCGGGCCACGAUGUGCAUGAUCUGCACCAGCGAGUUCACUCUGACCUGGAGGCGACACCACUGCCGGGCCUGCGGGAAGGUCGUUUGCCAAGCUUGCUCCUCAAAUAAGUAUGGCUUAGAUUACCUGAAAAACCAGCCUGCAAGAGUAUGUGAACAUUGUUUCCAAGAACUGCAGAAAUUAGAUCGCCAGCAGAGCUCCAGCUCCCCUGGAGGCCACAGGACUCCGUCCAGCACCUUGUCCUCUGUGCUGCAGUCCAUCCCCCCGGGGCGGAAGCAGAAGAAGAUCCCUGCGGCUCUCAAAGAAGUGUCCGCCAGCACUGAGGACUCCUCCAUGAGCGGCUACCUGUACCGCGCCAAGGGCGCCAAGAAGCCGUGGAAGCACCUGUGGUUUGUGAUUAAGAACAAAGUGCUGUACACGUACGCGGCCAGCGAGGAUGUGGCGGCCUUGGAGAGUCAGCCUCUGUUAGGGUUCACAGUCACGCAGCGGGCAGAUGAAGGCGCGGAGCCCAGGGUGUUCCAGCUCCUGCACAAGAGCAUGGUGUUCUACGUCUUUAAAGCAGAGGAUGCCCAGUCAGCUCAGAAGUGGAUAGAGGCAUUUCAGGAAGGCACUGUGUUAUAGCAGUAUUGGUCUCUCUCUUCUCUCCCCUUCUUCUGGGACGGUGGAAUCUCAUCAGAAUGGAGUAAAAGCAAUUCAAAAGUUUCAUAAAAAUAAACACUGCCAAGAUAAAUCCAACUAAAGUCUAUCAGAUAUAUCAGAUACAAGAAAUUAUUUUGUUAGAUAUAAGUAGUUUUUUUUAAAAAAUGUUUGUUUUUUUAUGUAUGUUAUUUAUUAAAGUUGUAAUGUUUACUUAAUGGUCAGAAUUAUGUCUGAGUGUCACAUUGAAUUCUAAAGUACCAUUUCUUUUCAGAGUGGAAAAUGUGCCUUGUUCUGUAGUAAUUGUUUGUGACCCAGCCUACACGUGUUCUCUGCCUUGCCUUGUAACAUUUCUUACUGGUUGUGAAUCUCUGUAAGUAAAAAGCACAUAUAAGAAGCAAAUUUCAAUGCAGUACUUGGUUUAGAAAUUAUGACUACUGCUAGGCAUAGUGGCGCAGGUCUGUUGUAAUCCUAGUAUUUGGGUGGCUGAGGCAGGAGAAUCUCUAGGAGUUCAAGGCUGGCUUUAACUACAUAGCAAAAUCUUGUCUCAAAACCAAACAUCAGAAGAAAGAGAAAAUUGUGAUUUUUAUAAAACUGCUGAAGAAAAUAUGUCUUCGAAUCAAUAAACUUAGAAAAUUUUUCUACCUUGUAAUGGAAAAACACAUGGCCAGCUUCUACCUCAGGAACUGUGAAAUGAAAUUGGAGUCUGUGAUGUAUGUAUUUAUACUUUCUGUACCUCUUCUGGCAUGCAUUAAUGUUACAUCAUGAAGUAAUUAGAGCAAAGGGACAGUAACCUGAAUUGUUUUCUAUAACUCCAUGACUUUUCACUAAAUUAAAUUUUUUUAAAAGCUAGCUACCAGUUCGGCAUAAACAUAAAUGGUAGCAAAAUACAGCACGUUUAUUCAUUUAUGGUUUUCUUUGUAGCACUGGGCUUGCGCCUCACAGACAGCAGGCUGGCUUUCCUCUCCCUCUGAGCUGCAGGCCAGCGCUGUAGCAAGUGUUCUGGACCUUUAUCUGCACUGGCACUGCACACGCUGGAGUGGCAUUCACCGUGUAUCUAAAGAGAACGCUGUUUCCUAAAGUGCUGUGCUUUUACAAACCAACUGGAAUCACUAUCAGAAAGACACACGUGCUAAGGCAGUAUGAACUGAAACUGUACGGUAUUUUUUUGAAAAGCCUUUUUAUACCUCUUUGUGACAUGACUUCCUUGGUAUUGACAACGAAGUCCUUCGUUUCCCAGUCAGUGUCAGUGGGCCUGGUGAGGAAAGACUCCUGUACAUGACUCUGGUGCACCUGUUGUUUAACCUGUGAGCCACUUGUACAGGAAACUGGUGAUAAGCAACAGAAAAAUGAAAUUAACAGCCUGAUUAAAGUUGUACCUGAUGUUCAUAUUCAA